CCAAGACUCGGUCAGAAGACAUGCUUUGCUGAAGCAUAACAAAUAUGUUAACAGAUAAGAGAUCAGACCAUGCUUGUUUGCCUAGCAUGUCUUCUUAGCUGUGAUUUGGCUAUCACCUUCAUUUGUCUUCUUCCAACUGAUUACAUCUUCCAGGACGACACCCAAUCAAGCGCCCCUCCUAUCUCAUCUGCAGACCAGGUGUUCAGCUGCCCCAAAUGCGCCAAAAGCUAUAAGGCGCUGUCAUCUCUGAAGAGACACGUCAACUAUGAAUGCGGCAUCGACCCCCAGUUCCAGUGUCGCAUCUGCGGCAAGCGCUGCAAGCAGAAGACGCACCUGAAGAGGCACAUCCUCGACAUGCACACCGAGGGAGUCGAGAGCUUCAGCUGUCCGCUGUGCAACUACAAGGCCAAACGCAAGAGCAACCUCAAGAUUCACAUUUUCGGUGUUCAUGCUAAGGCUGUGGCAGCUCUACAGAGCGACUCUCCCAAUUCCGAUCUAUUUAUUUCUAAUUUAUAAACUAAAUUGCGAAUAUCAUGACUCCCACAUCGAUAACUAUCAUUACUAGAACAUUAUUUGUUAUUGAUAAAUAUUUGGUUUGCAAAGGCCGUAACAACUUUAAGCCAGUUACUCGAUUCUUGAUUGUUCGAUUUUAUACCGUCCCUAUGGAAUCUACCAGAUUUAACGGAAUUCAGUAAACACGUGAACACAUCUUCUCUUCCCCAAGUCAUGUUUAAUAUAAUAGAAUUCAUAAGGACAGAGAAAAUUGUACGUUCAAAAGAUCGAAAUAUGUGUAACUAGACUAAAUGAUUCACUUUCUCAUUGUGAUAUACUUUUCUAUUUUUUAAAUUCUAUAAACACUUUGUGUAUUAUUUUUAAUUGAAGGAAUUUCAAUUAUUGUUCUCAAAACUAUAGUAUUGUUGGAUUGUUUUCACAUAUUUAAGGUGCUAGGGCAUUUAGUUAAUUGAGAAACGGAAUUAAAGUUGUUUGAAGGAGCUCAAUAUAUAGUUUGAAAGAAAAACUGAAAUAUUAUUUAAAAUUAGAGGAUUGUAUUCAAUAUUAUUGGUGUCUCAGAUCGAUAGAUUAUAUCCAAGUAUUGUGAUCAAUAGAAAACUAUUCUUUGGUUAAUGAAUCUUUAAAUGUCGACUUUUCUUCUUACUCAUUCUUUUCAGUUAGACAUUUCUCCCAAUUCAUUUUUAAGAAAAUUAGAUUUUAAAAUUAACUAUUAAAUUAGUCUAUUGAAGGCAAUACUGAAUUAUUGUUUGUUUGUUUCAACUUCAUAGAAGCUUACAAAACAAACUAAACACUUUCAAAUCGAAUAUACCUUUAGUAUUGAUACGGAUUAAAUAUUAUUUUCCAAUAAACUCAUCAAAAUGUUUCAACUCUAAUUACGUAGAAUAAUCGUGCAAUAAUAUAAUCAAAACAACUCUUAACUAUUGAUGCUAACUACUAUUACUAUUUCUUAAAAUAUAUUUCUAAUACCAGAGUCAGAGUGUAUUAUGAAAUUCUUCUAAUUCCUCAUGUGACACUUGUAAUAAUUUAUCAGAAUGCUUCAGCAAAUAUUUUCUAAAAUUAUCAAGAACUCUCCACAAAAAUUGAGGAUUGUAAGUAAUAUGACAUUGUGAGUUGCCUGUGACAGUAUUUCUUCCUCCAAAUUUCUAACCCUGAAUUAGUUCAUUUUUAAAUUUUCAAUUUGUGAGAAUUUCUGUUAAAUUUUGAAUUGAAAGUUUUGUUUACAAUACUAAAAUAUUUUAUAUGAUCUAUUGUAAAUUUAUAGUUUUGUGAUUUUUAUUGGCUGAUAUCACUUUUCUUAUCAUUUAUGUUUUACGUGUUUUAUGUAUUUAUUUAUUUCAUACAAUGUUUCAUUACACUUGAGGCAUGUAAUUAAUAACCAUAAUAACCAUGUCUUGUAGAGCCAUUUUAAUUCAUCUGAAGCUUUCAAAAACCUUUUGAAUGGUCCAAUAUAAAAGCAUGUAUAGUGAGUAUCCCAGCAAAUCUUCAACUAAAUGACUAUUUCAAUGUAUACUCAUGAGAUAUUAUAUUGUUCCUAUUUAAAGACAUUGACUGAUUUGAUUCUUCUUGUUUGAGAAACAAUAUUCAAUUAUUGAGUAUUGAAAGAUAAUUAUUGUAUUGAUUUUCAUUAUUAUUGAUAAUCAUAUAUUCAGAAUUAUAUUUUUUAAAUAA